UUCACUGGCCAGAAUGCCGCCCUAGUUCACCCCUUUCACUGCAAAUUUCCAAAGCCAAAGCCUGAAAACCCUCAGAAAAAGUUCCAGAUCGAUCCUGCGACUGCAAGCAAGCAAGCGACCACGGUAGUCUCUCAAAUGGACAUGGAAAUCGAAGGAGAACAAGAAGUAGUGAAGGACGAAGAUCUGUUCAAAGCGGCCGAGAAUGGCGACUCUUCGAUAUUCGAAGCUCUCUCACACCAACAGCUUCUCAAAUCCCUCUCUCUCAGGAACGAAGACCGCCGCUCCCUCCUCCACGUCGCCGCCUCUUCAUCCCGCUCAGCGGUGGUGAAGAUACUGUCUGCUGCAGAUCCAUCGGUGAGUGGUAUAAACAGUCCGGAUGAGGAGGGGUGGGUACCACUUCAUUCUGCGGCUAGCAUUGGGAAUGUAGAAAUUGUGGAGAUUUUGCUCAGCCGAGGGGCUGACGUUAAUUUGAAGAAUGAUGGGGGUCGAACUGCUCUUCAUUAUGCUGCUAGCAAGGGUUGGUUGAAAAUAGCUGAAAUUCUGCUUUCUCAUGGUGCAAAGAUUGAUCUGAAAGACAAGGUUGGAUGCAGCCCUUUGCAUCGUGCUGCUAGCACAGGAAACUCGGAGUUGUGUGAACUUUUAAUUGAGGAAGGAGCAGAGAUUGAUGCUACUGAUAGAGCAGGUCAAACUCCCCUAAUGAAUGCAGUGAUAUGUGAAAACAAAGAGGUAGCUCUCCUGCUGAUAAGACAUGGAGCGGAUGUAGAUGUAGAAGACAAGGAAGGUUACACCGUUCUUGGUCGAGCUUCAAAGGAUCUUAGACCAGUAUUGAUUGAUGCGGCUAAGGCCAUGCUCGAAGAUUGAAUGUCCAUGUAAUUACUACCGAGGUUUAAUGGAAACUCUCGUCUCUGAGGGUUCGGAAAAGGAGGCUACAUGCUGUCAAGUUUUACGGACAGUCGUCUUCGUGCUCGAGUACAGGAUCAAAAACCAUAGCAGCAGAGCUACAACUCUUCUGUUGUUGACUUUGGUUUUUUUAACCCACCUGACCCUGGUGACAGAUUUAGUUCGACUUGUUUGUUGUGUGACUGCUGAGAUCUUUGCUAUGGUGCGGUAUUAUAAAUCUUGGUAACCUUUAGCUGCAA